ACCUUUGCCAUGGGUAACAAAGACAACGAUGCCGUCGUCAGCAUCAAGCAGCGCCCGAAAAAACCGUGGUCGGACAACACACCUGAGAACGCCAAGAAACGAAAGGCGUCUGCGUCUGUUGUCAUGCACCAAACAAAAAGUAACAAUAAAAAGAGAAAGGGUGAGGGCCAAAGUGAUUCCGUCGACGACAUUGACACGUCGAGGCCUACUGCCAUUUUCAACCCUACCAAAGGCCGUGAUUGGACCGUCACCAUUGCUCUGCCAGGCAGCUGGACUCUCAACGCCAAAAAGCCAGACCACAAGACGAUGCAGGUGGGGCGCAUUGCUCGGGCAGCCGCCAUAUACUGCGUUGAUGAAAUCGUAGUCUACGAUGACGACCCGAGUAACAUUGACCCCAAGGUGGUCAACCCAAAGUAUAUCCGCGGGCGCACAAAGCAGCAAGUGCUAGAAAUGAUACCCGAACAAGAUGAAGCAUGGCAGAACCCCGACCAGUUCCUGUAUCAUUUGCUAUCUUUUGCAGAAUGCCCUCCACAUCUAAGAUACGACCGCGACGAUCCGCAUUUGAGUCUUUUCAAAGAGCACCAAAAUCUUGGCUGGGUGGGUAAUCUUCCCAGCAUGGACAUGCCACAUCACUUGAGAAGCCACGAGUGGUGCCAGUACCGUGAGGGCGUUUUUGUCGGGGUUGCGCCAGCACGCAGGGCAGCCACGUGCAAGAGCAACAAGUCGAAAACCACAGAUGGAGACAAAGAGGCCUACGUCAAAUGCGGCCUUGCGUACCCUGUACGUGUUGGCGUUCCCGAAGACGCGCCGAUUGAGCAAGGCAUGCGUACCACGAUCAGGUUCGCUAGUGCAGAUGCACCCGUCAACUGGCCAAACCUUUCACAGGAAGACUGCGAUGGUUUAGAUGCAAAGGCGUGCGCAGCUAGUGUGCCACGUGAGGAAGGAGGGUACUAUUGGGGUUAUCAUGUACGCCGGGCUGCGUCGCUCGGCGCUGUCUUCUCCGAGUGCGAAUACCCCGGCGGUUACGACAUUUCCAUCGGCACGUCUGAGCGCGGACAAAGCGUGUAUUCCUAUCUUUCAGGUUCCGGGAAACCUUCCGCGGGACAGUCAGUUGACCCCACCGGCUCGAGUGCACCAGACUCGUUCAAGCACCUACUCAUCGUAUUCGGCGGACAAGCGGGCAUCGAGCUAGCUGUUGCGAACGAUGCAGAGCUCGCAAGCAAAGGACUGGACAAAGGCAGCGCGCACCAGCUGUUUGAUGCGUGGGUGAAUCUGGUUCCUCGACAGGGCAGCAGGACGAUUCGGACAGAGGAGGCUGUUAUUAUUGGGCUGGGUGCGCUCAAGCCAUGGAUCGACAGUAUGUACCAGCAACAGUGACGGUGAGGGUUUUGGCGGAAGACCGCACGGACGGUACGUGCGUUUGUACUGUGACAGGGCUACGACUUGGUAAAUAGCAUUGUGUGUGCAAUGCCCUAGAGGAGCAAAAAAGAAACGAGAAGGAAGAAAAGGACCAAGCAAGAAAUGCCAAGGCGUGCGACUAGUUGUUGUUGUAUGUCUACGUACUAGUAACUGAGUAUGCAUGGGCCGAAGCCCGCUCGAAGGCGUGUCGCUGUCGGACCUAGGGCACUUGAAGGAGACUAGGGCUCGGGUACUUUGCUACACAUGGGCACGCACCGUGGGGUAGUUGACUAUGGGUACAUGUAUAGAUGGUUUU